GCCGCUCCCGGAGCCGGUCCCGGCCCCCCCCCGGCUCCCCCCCCGGCCCCCCCCGGCCCCGCCGCCAUGAAGCCCCCGGGCGCGGUGGGGACGCUGCUGCGCGCGCUCGGCCGCCGUGACGGCACCGACACGCCCCGGCAGCCCCCCGCGCCCCACAGCUUCCGGGAGAAGGCGUUCCGGCGGGGGGGGGCGUGUGCUGCCUGCCGGGAGCCCCUCGGCCCCCAGGGCCUCGUCUGCAGAGUGUGCAAGAUCACCAGCCACAAGAGAUGCGAGGCCAAGGUGACAUCGCCGUGCCAGGCUCUGCCCCCCCCCGAGUUGAGGAGGAACACGGCCCCCGUGCGACGCAGCGAGCACCUGGGCUCCACCAAGUCCCUCAAUAGCACCCGGCAGCGGAACACCCUGCCCAGGAGCUUCAGCCUGGAGCAGGUGAUGGAGCGGCAGUUCGACUUCGACCUCACCUACGUGACCGAGCGCAUCAUCUGCCUCCGCUUCCCGGGGGGGCUGGAGGAGUCGCGGUACCGGGGGCACCUGCGCGAGGUGGCACACAUGCUGACCUCCCGCCACCGCGACAAGUACACGCUCUUCAACCUGUCGGAGAAGCGCCGGGACAUCGCCCGCCUCAACCCCAAGGUGCAGGAUUUUGGGUGGCCGGACCUGCACGCGCCCCCCCUGGACAAGCUCUGCUCCAUCUGCAAGGCGAUGGAGGGCUGGCUGCGGGCGCACCCCCAGCACGUCGCCGUGCUGCACUGCAAGGGCAGUAAGGGCAAGACGGGCGUCAUCGUGGCAGCCUACAUGCACUACAGCAAGGUCUCGGCCAGCGCUGACCAGGCCCUGGGGACCCUCACCAUGAGGAAAUUCUGCGAGGAGAAGGUGGCGGCCGCGCUGCAGCCCUCCCAGAGGAGGUACAUCGAGUACUUCAGCGGGCUGCUCUCGGGGAGCAUCAAGAUGAACAGCAGCACCCUGUUCCUGCACCACGUCCUGCUGCCUGCCCUGCCCGCCUUCGAGCCCGGCGCCGGUUACCAGCCCUUCCUGAAGAUCUACCAGUCCAUGCAGCUCGUCUACACCUCGGGGGUCUACAGCACCUCGGGCCCCGGCCCCCAGAGCCUCUGCAUCACCCUGGAGCCCGCCCUGCUGCUCAAGGGGGACGUGAUGGUGAAGUGUUACCACAAGCAGAGCCGCGGUGCCGGGCGUGAGGUGGUUUUCCGGGUGCAGUUCCACACCUGCACCGUGCACGGCUCCCAGCUCGGCUUCCGCAAGGAGGAGCUGGACGAGGCCUGGCGAGACGAGCGCUUCCCCUCCGACGCCAGCGUCGAGUUCGUCUUCUCCUCCGGCCCCGAAAAGCUCAAAGGCUGGGACCCCCUCCGCAGCCACCCCGCCGUCUCCAUCGACUACAGCGUGGGGGACCCGGCCGUGCGCUGGGAUUCCUACGAGGGCUUCAACCUGCACCACCAGGACAGCCUGGAGGAGCUCUCGCACACGCGGGGGCCGCUGGACGGCAGCCCCUACGCCCAGGUGCAGAAGAAGCGGGCGCCCAGCCCCUGGACCCCCGGGGGGGCCACCGACUCCCCGUCGCCCCCCAGCCCCCCAAACGGCGGCGACUCUGGGGCCGAGCCCCCCCCCCAGCCGCCGCCGCCCCCCACCGCCGCCGAGCGCCAGGAGCUGGAGCGGCUGCUGGGGGGCUUUGGGGUGCGGGGGGCGCCCCUGGGGGAGCGGGAGACCCCCAUCCUGGAGGAUGAGCACCCCAAUACCGCGCCCUACGGCACCCCAGCACCCUACGGGACCCCAACAGCCCAGGGGACCCCGAUAUCCCAGGGGACCCCAGCACCCUACAGGACCUCGACGCCCUAUGGGACCCCAACAUCCCACGGGACCCCGAUAUCCCAGGGGACCCCGAUAUCCCAGGGGACCACAGCACCCUACGGGACCUCGACACCCUAUGGGACCCCAACAUCCCAGGGGACCCCGACAUCCCAGGGGACCCCGACAUCCCAGGGGACCCCAGCACCCUACAGCACCCCGACAUCCCACGGGUCCCCGACAUCCCACGGGACCACAGCACCCUACGGGACCCCCACACCCUAUGGGACCCCGACACCCUACAGCUCCCCGACACCCUAUAGCACCCCGACACCCUAUGGCACCCCAACACCCUAUGGCACCCCGGCCCCCCCGCUGUGCCGCCGGGCCAGCCUGGCCCCCCCCUGCUCCUGCCGCUACCGGCCCCCCGGCCCCGCCAGCCCCGAGGGACCCCGCUGCGGGGCCGAGGGGAGCCUGGAGCGGCGGCGGGGGGGCCCCGGGGGGGGCGAGAAGCGGGGGGUGCACCGCUCGCUCUCUGAGGGGUUCCCCCCCUGCGGCUACGGGCGCCAAGCGGGGGGCUACCUGCUGCUGGAGGAGCUGGCCCCCCUUUGCCCCUGCCAGGACUGCCAGGGCUGGGGGGGCGAGGGGCCCCCCCCGCUCCCCACCCCCCCGCUUUAUGGCGUGCGCUUAGAACGGGGGGGGGGAAACUGGGGGGCACCCGCUCGCCCUCCGGCCCCUGGCGAAGCCCUGGAGCCCCCCGCGUGCCCCCGUUGCGGCCACCCCGGGUUGGGGUUGGGACGGGGCCCCCCCCGGCCCCCCCCGGCCCCCCGGGACCCCUACGGCAAAGUGGGCUACGACCCCCCAGGGCUGGAGGCCCGCGAGGGCUACGGGAUCCCCGGGCAGCCGGACCCCCAGGAGCCCCCUGAGCGGAGGAGCCCGGGCGAGGGGGGGCCCUGGCGUGGGACCCCCGAAGGUCCCAGCUCGCUGCGCCGCUCCCCCCGGGACCUGGGUGCUGGUGGGUGCCCCGACACCCCGGACCCCCCCAGCACCCUCUGCCGGGGCCCCGCCGAGCCCCCCCCGCCCAGCGCCAGCACCGCCGUGAGCCCAGCCAGCCCCCGCGGCCCCCAGCCCCCCUCGCCCGGCAGCAGCACCCAUGGGUGCCCCGGAGAGGUGCCGGGCUCCCCGACCCCCGCCUUCCCCCUGCCCACGGCGUACUACGAGCCCCCCCCGGCGCAGCCCCCCCUACCCGAGAAGCGGCACCCACCAGCACCGGGGGGUCCCCGAGAUCGAGCGUCCCCCCCUCAACACGUCUCCUUCGCCCCCGAGCGCAGCCUGGGGGGCACCCAUGGGUGCCAGGGCCCCCCCGAGGCGGAGGCACCCGCAGGCGUCACCUUUGUGCAGGACACGUCCAAGUUUUGGUACAAACCCGGCCUCUCGCGGGACCAAGCCGUCGCCCUGCUGAAGGGGAAGGUGCCGGGGUCCUUCAUCAUCCGCCACAGCAGCUCCUUCCAGGGCGCCUACGGGCUGGCGCUGAAGGUGGCCACGCCGCCCCCCCACUGCCUGCCCCCCAGCAAGGGGGACCCCCAGGAGCAGCUGGUCCGACAUUUCCUCAUCGAGACGGGACCCCGGGGCGUCAAGAUCAAGGGAUGCCAGGACGAACCCCACUUCGGGAGCCUGCCGGCGCUGGUGCUGCAGCACUCCAUCACCCCCAUCUCCCUGCCCUGCGCCCUCCGCAUCCCCAGCAAAGACCCGCUGGAGGAGAGUCUGGAGGUGCCCGUGCCCCCCAACAUGAGCACGGCCGCCGACCUGCUGCGCCAGGGAGCAGCCUGCAGCGUGCUCUUCCUGGGCUCGGUGGAGACGGAGUCGCUGACGGGGCCGCAGGCGGUGGCCAAGGCCACGGGCACGGUCCUGGGGGGCACCCCCCGCCCCCCCGCCUGCACCGUCCACUUCAAGGUGUCGGCGCAGGGCAUCACCCUCACCGACAGCCAGCGCAAGCUCUUCUUCCGCCGUCACUACCCCGUCAGCAACGUCACCUACUGCAGCACGGACCCCCAGGACCGCAGGUGGGCGAAUCCAGAUGGCACCACCUCUAAGAUCUUCGGCUUCGUGGCCAAGAAGCCGGGGGGGCCGGGGGGCAACGCCUGCCACCUCUUCGCCGAGCUGGACCCCGAGCAGCCGGCCUCCGCCAUCGUCACCUUCAUCACCAAGGUCAUGCUGGGCACCCACCGCAAGUGAGGGCCCCCCCGGGCCCCCCCCAAACCAUGGGGCACUGCUGGACCCCCCCCACCCCCACCCCGUGUUGUGGGGACAGCGGCCAGGUUGGGGGGGGGGGGGU